AUGCAAGCCAUAUUAUUUUUCCUAGUUUUUGUUAAUUCUAUAUUUGCCUAUAAUAUUCUUAUAUAUUCUCCUGCUUUUGCAACAAGUCAUAUGAAUUUUAUGGCACAUUUAGCAGAUGCUUUGACCGAGGCUGGACAUAAUGUUACAUUUUUGGUUCCAAUAUCUGAUGAAAAACUUCGAGAUCGUAUAAAAGUUCAAACAAAAUAUUUGAUGAAUGUGGAACAAGAUAAGAUUCAGAAAAUGAAUACUGCUCUAGGAAUGGAUGAAAUGAUGCAAUCACUAUGGACAUUUGUUGAUAGUCCGAGAAAAAAUAGGAAACAAUUCAAACUGUUCGAAAAUCAGACAAUUGAGACAUGUGCUAAUUUAUUGAGAAACACGGAGGUUUAUGAAAAAUUGAAAAAUAGUGGAUUUGAUGUUGCAAUAACUGAACCAUUAUCGAUUUGUGGAUUGGCGUAUUUUAAAAUGUUAGGAAUUGACAAAACUAUCAUAGCAACGUCUUGUAGUAUGUAUGAUCACAUUAUGCAAUUAAUUGGGGAACCAGAUCAUCCAUCUUAUGUUCCAGGUAUAUUGGUUGGAAUUGUGGAACUACUAAAAUUUAGUUCUCAUUCUGUUUUCAAAAUUUCAAAAAUUCAAUUUUUCAGCAAUGCAAUCAUCAAGUACUGAUAAAAUGAAUUUAUACGAAAGAUAUUUGAAUUAUCAACACGGCAAUUCAUUUGUUGAAACUAUGCAAGAAGUUUUCGAUCUUGAAAUUAAACUUUUUUCGAAAUACGGUAUUGCAAAUUGGCAUGAUUUUUUUUCUGAAACCUCAUUGAAUUUUGUAAAUUCAAAUCCUUAUAUCGAUUUUCCACGUCCAAUAAUUCAGAAAACAAUUGCAAUCGGAGGAAUUAGUGUAAAUGUUGAGAAAAUAAAAUCACAAAAAUUAUCAGAAGAAUGGAAUAAUAUUUUGGAUAAAAGAUCUCAAAAUAUGUUGAUUUCAUUUGGAAGUAUUGCAAAAUCAAUGGAUAUGCCAAUUGAAUGGAGAACUAAUAUUUUGAAAGUUAUUGAAACAUUUCCAAAUGUAACUUUUAUUUGGAAAUAUGAAUCUGAUGAAUUGAAAUGGGCUAAUGAUAUUGAAAAUGUUGUAUUUUCGAAAUGGACACCACAAACUACAUUGUUAGGUUGGUUGAGAAAAAACUUCGCAGUUCAAAAAAAUGAAACUAUUCAAAAACAUUGUUUAGGUGACAAACGAGUUACGGCAUUUUUAACACACGGUGGUUUGGGAAGUACAAAUGAAUUAGCCUAUCUUGGAAAACCGGCAAUAAUGAUUCCAAUUUUUGCCGAUCAAAUGAGAAAUGCAAAUAUGCUCGAAAGACAUAAUGGAGCAAUCAAACUAUCAAAAUUUGAUUUGGCGAAUUUCGAAUUGGUGGAAAAAUCAAUCAAUAAUAUUCUGAAUGAUGAAAAAUAUUCGAAAAAUGCAGAAAAAUUGGCAAAUUUAUUAUCAAAACAACCAAUGAAACCAAAAGAAACAGUUAUAAAAUAUGUUGAAUUUGUUAGUGAAUUCGGACCAUUUCCAACAAUGGAUCCAUAUUCAAGAAAUAUGUCGAAAAUACAAAUUUAUAUGUUGGAUAUUUAUUUUAUUAUGUUUUCAUCAUAUUCUAUUCUAUUUUCUGUUGUUGUAUUUUUUGUUAGAUUUUUGUACAAUAAUUUGAAUGUUAUAAUUACAUUUAACAAAAAUAAAAUUGAUUGA